AUGCCAAGGUCUCAUGCUUCAUGUCAUUUGAGUGUUGUUCGCGAAUUCACGCUUCGUCCAUGUGUACGACAGGGUGUAAAAUUCUGGCUCAGGUCGUCUGAAGACUCGAUUUUGCUGCGUUUCUACGUGGGGACACUGGUGUUCUCCUCUAUCCUUCAGACUGCGCUAGAAACCUAUAAGGUCUGGUUGGACGUAAUCAUUCGCAAGCAUUGGGUAUAUGGCCUUCUCCGCAUCGACCGGCCCUCGGACUGA